CUAUCGUGCAAAUUGAUCAAUAGAACACAUAACUAACUAAUUAACCAAUCUCCAUGAGAACAUAUGAAAUCUGUGACGAAUACUUUUGUUUAUUCAGUGGUACCACCACUCGUAGUGAUUGGAUGGAUUUGCCAGUAUUAAAUGUAUUUGUAAAGAGAAAGAAGGCAGAUUUCUUGUGCGGCUGCGUCUUCGGAGCAUCUUUGAGCUCGGUGACAGCGGAAACGAGAGAGAGUGCGAGACUUUAUUUAUUCAUACAUGAGCGUGAAGGCCAAGAUUCUUUAGGGGAGAAGUCAUUGAUUAGUAGGCCGUAGUUUGGUCUAGCAUGAAUGUGACGUCAGCUACUAUUUGGUGGAGUAUGGGAAUCAUGUGAAGGUGCGUCAUCGGCGGCCACAACUUCCAGUCAAACUUGAAAGCGUCCGUGAAGAUGGUUGUUCACAGUUUACAUUUUGUUUUGAAGUUGCUUACUGUUGUUUUACUAACAGCUGCACCAUGCCUGCCGUUGGGAGACGGACUGGAAAGAAGGAUUUCUUCAGAAUUGAAUCCACAUUGCACAUUGGCACAAUGCAAUACUUCACAUUAUUCUGUUGUGUAUGUUAAAGCAGAAGGUCCAAAUGAUACAUUACAUUAUGUGUGGGAUCUUACUGCGAAGCCUUCUGUUUUACUGGCACUUACAGACAAGGAUUCAAAUCUCACGAUUGACUGGAGGGGUUUCAUUGAUGGCGAAGAUGGAUCUUUAACGUUUUCUACGGAUCCGUUGUAUAGUUUUGGAAUCAUCAUCGACAAGGUGUGGGAAUUCAACGAUGUCAAUGACACUGGUAUGUUUCGUGCUGAUAUGAACAGUUCAUACAUAAAGGAAUUGGACACACAGUUCUUCAAUUGGAACAGAACCCAGUUUAGAGAAGAAGAAAAAUCUAUGGUUUUAACUGCAGAAGCCAAUGGUUACAAUGAUUCAGUAGUGACAAAAAAUGGAACAUUGAGAGUAGAGGUAGAAGUAUUUGGCUUCAAUGACCACAGUGAGAAUUUACCUCACCUUUUACACACUUCAAACACCACUCAGGUGGAUAUGGUAUUUGACAGACUAACCACUGAUCCAUCUUUUAACAAUUCUCGAUUUGCUGUAGAGUUUGUCAUUGUCAGUCAAGAUCAGCGUAAUGGCACUAUGAUUGUCGAUGUCAGAAAGAGCCUAGAUGAUGAACACACACCAGGUGUUUUCACCCUUGUAGAUGUGGAGAGCCCAAGCAGCCAUUCACGCUCUUCUGGAGGGUAUUUGCAGUGGAAACCAGUAGCAUAUUUAGCACAAAAUCGUGAUAUAUCCAAUUCCACUGUUACAAAUGUGUAUGGACCUAUUAAAAGUCCCCCAAAGGCACUCGAUAGCUCACUGUUGUCUGCCUAUUAUGGCAGUCAGUUAACAAAUGGAUCACAGACUCUUGUGCAAGCUGUGACUGUGUCUUUUGGUGAGUCAGAUGAUGGGUUCUACAAGAAAACAAAGUACACGUCGUGGACAUUUGCCAUUGGCUAUGGGAAGCCACCAAAUGAAGAUUUCUCACUAUUGGUUAUUCUUGUUAUCAGUAUCGGCCUUGGACUUCCUGCUCUUUUGGUUGUAAUCAGUGGUAUUGUGAUGUCCAUUCGCAAGAUCUCACAAAACAAGGAUGAUCUUUUACUGUCUAGUUGACCCUGGGCUACUUGUAAAUGCAAAUGCAGUCCUGUUUGAUGUCAAGUGCCUGUGUAUGAAAUAUAGACUAUUUUUCUUGUACUCUAAA